GAGCAAUAUUCUUAUUUCCUUUUCUUGGUUGUUUUAUAUACGAUAUUUAUGUUUUUAUUUAGCUUCCCAGUAAGUUCCUUUCAGUAUUUAUUGAAGUCCUUUGCAUCUUCCCUUUGUAAUUCUUAGAAAUUUGUAAGAUCUAAGCUUAUCUCACUCUCCAGUACCUUACUCUUUUUUUCCCAUAUAUAUCUUUUUUUCAAGUUUCUUCAUUUAUAUUAACAUUCUUGUCUAUCGUAUUAAGGGAAUCGUAAAACUUUGUUAUUGGAAAUAGCUGAAUGAAUUUUAAUAACAUCAAUUGAGCAUAUGAGGUUAUCAAUUUGAAGAUAGUUUGAUUUCGUAUGCGAUAGGGCACACCAUUAGUUAUAGAUUAUAGCCAAUUUAGUGAAUAUUCUAAGUUAACAUUAUAAAUUCAUCACAGGCUCUACAGUUGAUAAGUCUUAAUAGUUGCCAAGUGCAUAUAACUCUUUAGAUGGAAAUCAAAGAUAAAAUACUAUCGGUUAUGGAAUAAUCUUCGGGACUAAUCGAUCCGUUCUUAAAAAUAGUUAAUUAUUUUGACUCAUUCUCUAUUCUGCACACUGAGAACCAUUCUGCUACACUACCCUGCAUAUAGUGGCUUUUCCUGAGCUAAUAACUUUUGUAGCUUAUUCUCUAAUAACUUUUGUAGAUUACAAGCGAGUAUGUUGAGAUAAAACUAUAGAUUUAUAUGAAAAGUAUCAGUUUUAAGCAUGUCAGCCUGUUCUUUGCAGAUUUUGUGUUUCUAAUCAGACAUCAUUUAUCUAGGUUCAAUACUGAUAAUGUUUUGAUGCUCAACACAAAGUUCAGAUCUGAUUAGAUUUUUUUUUUAUCUCUUGAUUCUAUAAUUGCUGUUCUAUCAAUAUUCAUUUGAUGAAAUCUGGCAAAGAUUUUCAAAAUUAUACUUUGAAUGCAUUUCAGUAAUUUUAAUUAUUUGAUUUCUUUUUUUAGAUUUUAGUUAUGCAAUUAACUGUUGCAAAAAAUUAUAUUUGUCUACUUUAGUGCGAUAGUUGGAAUUAAGUGUUAAGCUGGGCACUUGGGAUUCUGAUUUUAAUUAUUAUUUAGAAUUUUAACGAUUUUCUUUUGAUCUGAAGGAAGUGGCUGUGCCUAUUGCCCUUCUAGAUUUUCUGAGCCCAAUGAGAUUGAGACAUUGAAUGAGGAUUGUUGGAAAAACAUGGGCAGGGAGGGAGUUUCAGAAGGUUCACAUUUCGAGGAAGGACUGGGGUUAGUGUAGGCUUGGGGAGUGGUGUGACAAUAUGAGUAAUGGGAGACGAGUCAGCAAUACCAGAGCAGAAGUGACAUGAGACCAAGAAGUUCUGAAUAGUAGAAUCCACUGUAGUAGUGGCAGAAAGGGCGACAGUAUUUGUGUCAGAAGUUGGACUGCAUUGUGAACAACUUAGUAACUAAUCAAUGUGAUGUACUUACUUUGGAUGCAAUCUAGGAUGUUUCUAUGUAUAGCAGCAGCAGUAGUGUUAUAGAUGUAGGGGCAGUACUCUUUUGUUGGGUUGCUUUGAACUUUAUAGAGGGCUCAUAGUUGUUUGGAGCUGAAAUAUUUCACUAAAGAGAUAAAAACUAAAGUAAGGACUUUGUAGAACAACUUGAUAAAAUUUAAUAUUGUUUCAGCAUUUAAUAAUUAACAGAAAGUGCUAGCUGGUUUAUUGUUUUGGUUGGAUGUUAUUUCUUUGUUAUAUAUUUCAAAACCUAAAUAUAUAUUGAAUUUAUGUUUCCUUUUGGAAUUGAACCUUACAAUCUGUAUAAAGCCAGGUACUGACUUGUAACUUUGUACAUGGCAAAGAAUGUGGGGAAGUGGAUAGUUGGUUGAAUUAUUUAUCAACUCCAUAGCAUUGAAGUUCAAUGUUGAUUACUGUAGGAUUUAAUGUUCAAACUCAUUACAGUUAUUCUCUCGUAUGUUUCAUACAAGUUUAUUUGUAUUAUUUUAUCUAAUGAAUUUGAGUUAGUUUCAGUACUAUUUUUUAUCUUUCAGGCAACACACACUCACACAUGCACUCACUGUGAUCCUGUGCUGAGAAAAUUUUCAAUUCUUUAUUUUCUUUUUUUUUUUUCUUUUCAAAUCUACAAGCAUUUUCUGUUUUUUUUUUCUUUUUUUCUUUUAAAUCUUUUUUAGUGAAAUGUGUAUGUCGAAUACCUGUUGCCUUCACCUCCAGCCAUAGCAGAUUUUGAAUAUACAUUUAUUAAGAAGUUCAAUAUUGCUCGUGCCACCCUUACGGCCAGCUGUUUUAUGGGGCUUUUGGUGAGACUACAGUGGCCAAAAUUAGGGCCAAACUGGAGGCAAUCAGUCGAUCGGUGCUUGUGAUGUGAUUUGGCUGCAGAAGAACUACAAACACCACAGGCUGAACAAAUAGGUCCAAUUGUUGAAGGUCCCGGUGCAAAAAGAGACCAGAAACCAUUUGUAUUGCCUAAAUUGACAGCAUCUCAACAAGAAGCUAUACAGAAGGCUAAGAAAUAUGCAAUGGAACAAAGUAUUAAAAGUGUCCUGGUGCGACAGACCAUUGCUCAUCAACAACAGCAAAUGGCAAACUUUCAAAAUACUGUUCAAAGGCAGCAGGCCUUAGCAUUAAUGUGCAGGAUUUAUGUUGGUAGCAUAAAUUUUGAAAUCAAAGAGGAUACAAUAAAGCAAGCUUUUUUACCAUUUGGUCCUAUAAAGAGUGUCAACCUCUCUUGGGACCCUGUGACUAAUAAACACAAAGGCUUUGCUUUCAUUGAAUAUGAAGUCCCUGAAGCUGCCCAGCUGGCUUUGGAACAGAUGAAUGGUGUCAUGAUUGGUGGUAGGAAUAUUAAGGUUGGUCGACCAAGCAACAUGCCUCAAGCUCAGCCCAUUAUUGAACAGCUUGCUCAGGAAGCAAAGAAUUUUAACCGUAUCUACAUUGCAUCCAUACAUCAGGAUUUGACAGAGAUGGAUAUACAAAGUGUCUUUGAGGCAUUUGGGAAGAUUGUGACUUGUAAGCUCUCUCAAGAUCCUACAAAACCUGGCAAACAUAAAAGUUACGGCUUCAUAGAAUAUGAAACUCCUCAAGCCUCUGAAGAUGCAGUUUCAUCUAUGAAUCUCUUUGAUCUUGGUGGUCAAUAUUUACGUGUUGGAAAGGCUGUGACUCCACCAAAUGCUUUACAGCCACCGUCAGGUCCCAGUAGCAUGCCGACUGCUGCAGCUGUAGCUGCUGCAGCAGUUACUGCAAAGAUCACAGCAAUGGAUGCUCAACAACAAGCUGUUGGUGUAAUGGGUGGCAGUUUGGCACCACCUGGUCUAGCAAUGCCUACUGCACUUGGAGCCAAUAACAACAUUGGAGCUACAGUAUCAACUAGUGCAUCUACAUCAGCUGCUUCACCUUUGAUGGAUUCAGCCAGUCCCAUUUUGAGCAGUUCUGGUAUUGCCACAUCACAAGUAACAACUGUAACAAACCAAACUGGUAUUGCUGCAUCAGCUUCUCCUCUUUUCUGUUCUGAAUCCAUGGUUACUAUUCCAGCACCACUACCUGCAGCUGCUCCAUUAACAGCUUCACAGACUCAGAUGCAGGCAUCCGCAGCAGCUGCGGCAGCAACAGCAGUAGCAGCUGCAGGUAUUACACCUAAUCCAGGAAUGAAUCUGGCCUUAGGCAAAAGUGUGAGUGACCAAGCAAAAUCAGCUUUAUUAGGAAUACUUGGCAAAGGUAUUGAUCCUUUGCAGAAGAAAGCACUGGAAGAAGAACAAUCGCAGACAUUAGAUCAACAAGAAAACAUGAAAAUCAGUGGCAGUAACGCACGACACAUGGUCAUGCAGAAACUAAUGCGAAAAUCAGAUUGCCGUGUGAUGGUUUUACGGAAUAUGGUUGGUCCAGAAGAUUUGGAUGAUGAAUUAGAAACAGAAGUUACAGAUGAAUGUGGAAAAUAUGGUGUUGUCAAUCGAGUAAUAAUCUAUCAAGAAAAACAAAGUGAAGAUGAAGAUGCUGAAAUAAUAGUAAAGAUUUAUGUGGAAUUUUCUAAGCAAGAAGAAGUGGAAUUAGCCAUCAGUUCACUAAACGGAAGAUAUUUUGGUGGUCGAAUUGUCAAAGCUGAAACGUACGACCAAGAUAUGUUUGAUGCAAAUGAUCUCUCAGGAUGAAAUGAUUAAUUGAAGAUGGACAGAGUAAAAGCCAACUGACUUGAACAACUACUGUUAGUGAUGUGAAUGAUGUGUGAAACUGAAGUGACUGUGUAACAAAUGCUGCCCAUAUGUGCCAUUGUUAUCUUUGAAGUAUUUUAGAUCUACUGAAUUCCUUUUCUAUUGACAGUAGUGAAGUUAGUGACUAAACUACAUCAUCUUCAAAUUGUAUUUUCACAUUAUAAUCCUAGCUGUUAUUGUACUGGAAACGGAAAUUUGAACUGUUGAUGAAUCAUUUUUAGUGGACCUUAAGUAUACAGUUUUACCAUUAAUGGCAGUGGUAAAUUCUUGGGUAUCUCUCUGCAUUCAUACAGAUAAAUAGGCUUCAUUCAUUGACAAUUUUUUUUUUAUAUAAUAGCAUUUAUAUUUUUAGAUUCAUACCACAUUGUAAUAAUAUUAUCAUGUCUUCAUUCAUCAUUAGUGUCUUUUAUAUUGAUUGUCCUGUAUCAUCAAAUGUAGUGUAUUUGACAUUAGUCAACAUGAAAUUUGGUGUACUGUUGAACCUUGUCUGGUCUGGUCUGAAAUGGUUUCUAGAUUACAAUAUUUCUAACAUUCAUUUAAUUUACACAGGAAUUUGUAUUGUUACAUAUUUGUACCACAUACAAAGGUUAUUGGAGCUUUAAGCAUGAAAUUCAGGAUUUUAAUAUUCAGCAUGCUAUUAAAUAUUUUAAAGAUAUAAUAGCAUAAAUAUUGUUGAAUGUUUUGUACCAAACGAACUCUUCCAUUUUAUUAUUUUAGUGAUGGCUGCAAUAAUACCACAAUUAAGACAUCUACUAUUGACAGUAUCACUACAUUAUAUAAAACAGUAUUGUAAUGGCAGCAUUUAUUCAUUAUGUCCUACUAAUGCAAUGUCUAAAAUUCUUUCAUCACUAUUAUUCAAUGAGACAUCUCUUUCAUACUUAAUCAUUUGGAUAAUUCUCAUGUACAGUAUUAAAGUCUUUUGGGUUUUUAAUCUUUCAACCAAGAAAAUCUAAGGCAGAGAUUUCUGAUAUUUCCAAAACUGUCUCUUGGAGGGUGAAACUUCACUUAAUUCUCCUUCAAUUUUUGUGAAAAACAAUUUUCUUUUAAAACAAAUCAUUUUCUCAGAAGCAAUAACUAAAACUUCAACAUUUUUCUACAGCUGCUGCUACUUUCUCUUUAAUUAAACAACUCAAAAUAACUUUUCUCCAUUAUUGACUUACUGACACUUUAUAUAUAUAUAUAUAUAUAUAUAUAUAUAUAUAUAUGAUAUAACAUCACACACACACAUACACAAAAAGUAUGAGUUACAUUCCACUUUUUCAUUUCUUGAGAUAUUUUCAUUUGAGAAAAAAAAGUAAUCUUCUGUUGACAGUUUUGUUUUUUGAGAAAGCAAUCACAAUACUUUUCUUUGAAACAAAUUAUUUCCCAAUGUUGGCAGCAAGAAAACUAUAUUCAACCAUUUUCAUAACAAAAUAUUCAUCUUUUUUUCUUUCCCAUUUCCCGUCCUUUUUUUAGAAUUGUUUAAAUAUGCCAGCCAUUCUUUCAACCUUCAGAUUACAUUUUUCUGACUUGUGUAAUUUUGUUUAUGUAUAUAAAUUGUAAAUAAAUUUUAUAUAACUUUAAUAA